CAAGCCUGCAGCAGGAAAGAGGCGAACCGACCAACAAACAAGCAAACAAAAAAGUAAAUUAAAAACAAACAAACAAACAAACAUGAGACAGUUUCAGUCUAAUUUAAAUAGCUUCCCGUUUUAACGAAAGAUGUUAUUGCGAGACCAGAACACAAGUAUGAAUUAAAAUCGAAGUUAAUAAUAACAACGAAAAAAUAAUAAAAUAAAUAAAUUAAAAGCCACUUUUUUUUUCGAUAUUAGAAAUAAGAAAUUUUACCAAAGAACUCCAAGAUUUUGCAGCUAAGAUGGUGAGCACAUUAAGAGUGGCUGGUGAUACGAUUCAAACAGAACUUCUACUUCCAGCAAAAGCGGAAGUCCAAAGCAUAUUUGGAAAAGGAGGAUUAUUCAACAGAUAUGAUAAAUACAGAUGGAUAACGUUUCUGUCAAUCUCUCUCGCCAUUGUUUUUGUUGUCUUGUUAACGUUCCUGUCACUCAUAUCCGGGGCUCUUGGUGCCAGUCCCUCGGAUACACCGAGCACACGCUCGGAUAUUUCAAACUGCGCGGGAAACUCGCUAAUGUGGUAAGAAAAACGUAACUUUAAUUACAUAAUAGUCAGUUACUGUUAUUG